GGUAGUCUGAUUUAGCGGUUCCAUCGUUCCGAGUGGUGUUCACAACGUGCAAAUUGGUGAGGUGAUCUGUUGUUUCUCAGCGAAAGGUUGUUUCCGGUGAUUGGUGUUUCGUUACAUUUUGCCUUGAGCCUUACAUGCGCGCGCGAAACAUCAAGUGAAGCUUCCAGUUUUCUGCGUGGGGCUUCGUCUUCACACGUCCGCGAGGGAUAACGGGGUCGCAGCGGUCGCAGCGGUCGCACCGGAAGCUCGGUUAAUUAAUUGAUGGUAUAAGUUUAAAUAGCUUCUCGUGAUUCCGUUGAGCGUUGUUUUUGUUGGACAACGGUUCGAAUUGGUUGAGCUUCUUGGCUGGCGGCGUGCAAUCCGGAGAGUGUGUGGGUGUGCGUGAAUCGGUGCCAGGAAGCAGCACUGAGAGCACGAAAAUCAAUUUCAGAUAAUAAUCAAUUAUGUAAAUAGUCUAAAUGGUCGCUAAUUGAAUCGAUUGAUUAGUGUUUGCGUGCCCGCACGUGGAGCAGCGUGUCUUUGUGUGUGCGCGCGGUCGUUUCCGACAACUCGUGGUGGAUAGUCUGCCCGGAUCGAGCGAAGUGUUCAAUUCCGUGCGGUUCCCGGCGCAGAGUGGAACGGGUGUAUCCCAUCAGUGCCGGAAUCCAUCAAAGUGUAAUUUUGGAGCCCAACCGAGAAAAAGGAUUGGAGCAGCUUUGAGUUGGCAGCAACAGCAGCAACAUCAGAAGGUGGAAAUAAAGCAUGAAAUUCGUCGCGCUGGUUUGGUGGGUUUGGCUGCAGCUCGCAUUUCGAGAUUGCGACGGUGUCAGGGUUACGCGGCUUUCGGUGCCACGGGCAUACAUCCUCGACAAUUAUCAUCGGGAGCAUCGCGAGCAAGAUGAGCUUGCCGCGGCGGGAGACAGCAAAGCCAUCUAUCGGUACGAUGUCGAUGGAGAUGAUGAGAUGGCUGCGCAGCAACGAGAUCUGGACGGACGGAGGCACCACGAGCGACAUCUGAUUUUGGACUGCGAGUACGAGAUUGAUGCACACGAGAAGGGCUUUGUGCUCAAAUGGUACUUCAACGGGAGACGAAUCUAUCAGUGGAUUCCCCCCGGGCGGCCUUUUGGUUCGGGAGCCAUGAAGCACCAGGUGAACAGCAGUUAUACCGUCAGCGAUGAGAAGAUGCACAAACACCGGGCGCUGGCGCUGAUAAAACCCCUUAAGAACUUUACCGGCGAGUACACGUGCGCCGUGUCCACGUUCCAGUCGGAGGACUCACGUUCUGCGGGGAUGCUGAUUAUCGUGCCGGAGUCAAGCUUCAUGCUGCGAUAUCACAGUAGCAAUAUAAGCAACCUGGUGAUGGUUUUGUGCAGCGUUUAUGGUAUUUUCCCUCUGCCAACUCUUUCGCUAUGGAUCAACGAACAUCAGCUGGAGAACGUGACCACUAAUGUCCUGCUUACACAAGCCGAACUGUACGACAGUUCAAUCCGUAUUCAGCUAGUUCUGUACGAGAGCAUUCAGCCGGAUGAUGUGAUUAAGUGCAUGCUGGUCGUCAAUGGAACCGAGUAUAGUAAAACCAAAAAUACAGUGUUCAUAGAUGUCAAUAGUAAACCGAUUAUUGAACACAACUCUGUGCUGGAUCCAGUAAUUAGCGCUGUGGAAACGAACAGCGCUUCAAGCGAUAGUUCCACCACUCCCAGUCCAACUACUUCUACCAUGGUAUACGAUACGACUACGGCGAUGUCUACGACGAGUAGCGAAGAAGCGAAUCAACCCGUAACUAAAUGGUCAUCGACUGUGGUGGUUCCACCGGUGGUGGAAAGGCCCCAGCAAACGAUCAUCUCACGUUCGAGACCCACGUCGGGGCGGGUGUUAACCGUGCAUCAGGCCGUCCCGAACGCGGACCCCGACGAGGGGCCCAAUGAGGUGGAGUUCAAGGUGGAAUUUCCCUUCAAAGAGAACAUGCUGUACAGUAGCGGCGGGAGUGGAGCUCAAACCGCCGGCUGUUGGAUGCUGCUGCGAAUCCUUGCCCUAACCAUCACCACGUGCAGUCUGCUGAUGAUGAAGAGACUACGGAGCGGCUGUUCGCUGUAAUAUAAAUCGUGAAUCGUUUCCAACUGACAGAAGAGUUUGAUUUCUGAGCCACGCGGGAUUUCGCUUUCAUUUAUUAUCCCACCCUUUUUUUUUGUGUUUCAGUUUCUCUGUUGCUGUUGUUGAUGUUGUUGUUGAUACCAUGAAUUCUUUCGAGCGCUCCUAACCUCUAAAACUCCUAAAACCCACUCUCAUCACACACACACACACACACACACAAACACACACAAGUAGAUAAGAAGGAAAACUCGAUUAAACUUCGGAGAUUUUACUUUUACCUCUGCAUGUUCUGCGGUCUCGCUGACGGACGAACGAACGAACGGAGAAAACGUCAUGUGGCGGAAAAUCCUGGUGGUUGGUGGUUUUUGCGAGUGGUGGGGAUGGUGGUUCACUCUUAACAAGUUCGUCGCUAAAGUCGGCUAAAAUAUGCCCCGCCGGAGAGUGACGUUGACACUCGAAGUAAUACACUCCCGGGGGAGCGGAUUCGCACGGGAUUAGUGGGUGAUACAGGUAAAUCCUCGCGUUGAGAUUGAAACGUAUGCCGAUUACCUGCGAGUGUGCGAGUGAGGAAGACCGACUUGUGUGGAAUUAUAAGAGGAUUAUGCGAAUGCAGGGCUCGAGAGUUUGGCAGACUUCAAGGAUGUCGUUCGCGAACGAGGCUGUCCGGGAUUCGAACGGUGGAAUUUAAUGAAUCUCGAUACGAUCCAGCGGGGUUGGCGUAAUGAAAUCAUGAUAAGAUUCUUUAUUUCAUUUAACGUGCCGCAUUUCGGAAUCUCUUCAUGCAAAACUGAAUGUAAACAAAAAAGAUCUCCUGGUUCUGAUAGGUUAGAGCAAAUUCAAUACGUCGCCGGAUUAAAGAUACCGUCGCGCGAGGCUACUUCCGACACUUUAAUUUUUCAAACUUUGCAAACAGUUUUAGUUUUUUUGACGUGGGACUACGUCUAACCGGAAUAUAUGGAGGGUAAAAUGAAAACCUAAACACAGAACAUGCAGGAAAAAAUUAAAGAUUUCGAAUGCUUAUAGCUCGAACAUUUCGUACUGGAUAGGAGAGAUGUUUGCAUCACUUGAUAGGGAAUAUUUCUACGCAUCUAUCGCAACUAACACAAUGUUAUUUUUCAUUAGAUAAACAAUUGAAUAACUGUAAAAUAUUAGGCGUUAUCUAAACGCCCUAACUGCAUCGUUUUGAUUGGCCCGAUUUACGGUUUCCCUAACACAGCCAUCAAAACCAAGCAGCCUAGGGGAAAUCGGCAUUGCAAAUUCAUACAAAUCGGGGGUAUUUUUGUUCCGAUUGAAAUGUGUUUCCCUAACACAGACUUCAAAACCGAGGUUUCUGGGGAAAUCGGCUCUGCAAAUAAAUGCAAACUGCGAGUACUUUUGUCCUCGCUUGCCUUUGCGCAGAGUGGAAUAUGUCUGUCCUAACAUGAUCUUCUAAACUUAGGAACCUGGGAAAAUCGUGCAGACACUAAAAGCGAAUGAACUUCCCAGUUUCAAGCAAAUUCGAGAUUCGAGAAGUAUGUACACUUUUGGGAUGUAAACUUCAGAGGGAAAUGUAAAAUAAAAUAAUCGUUUGAUAAUUUUUUUUUUGUCUUUAUUGGAAAGAUUUUCAGCCUUAGGCUGGUUCAUCAAACGUUUGAUAAUUCUUCCGUACAUAUAUUUUGUUCUAGUCAUCAUACCAAACGUAAAAGGUCCGUCAUUAAAUUUACUUGUAACGAAGAACAAUCAAUCACAAUAAAUGAAUUGACUUUACACGGCAUUUGUUCAUUUUUUUCACUCACAGAGCAAAUAUAUUGAACUCAAUUGAAUUUGGAAACUGUUUCAUUCAAUCAAGAAUUUAAUCAAUACAAACGAAUGAUUGCUAAGCUAAGGUAGUUCCACGUGAACCUUGCGGUUAUAUCAUAGAUAUAACCCACUAAUUUUUUUAAAUUUAUAUAUAACUAGCUGACCCGGCAAGCUUCGUUCCUCCCACAAUUGCUUUUGAUUCAAAUAAUUUCGCGGUCUAUAUUCGUUCUAUAUUUUUUACAUAUACACCUGACGCAGACUGAGACACAUCAAUCCUGAUACCGACUGCUCGAAUCCGUUGCUCCGUUGUUGAAUUAAAUCGUGAGGAACGGACACCAAAUCAUUUUUAUUUAUAUACAUAUACAAAAUUUACUAAAACAAUGACUUCCCGAUUGAUUUUUCAUAUUUUUUUUAGCAUAUAAACCUGACGCAGACUGAGACACAUCAAUCCUGAUACAGGUCGGACUCGAUUAUCCGAAGACUCGAUUAUCCGGGAUUCGAUUAUCCGGAGUAUUUUAUUUUGGAUGUUCGGAAAUUUUGAAUAAUUUGUAUAAUAAUUUCAUAUUGAAUAGCUAAUAUGGGUAUCAAACGAAAGGGCUUGAUUAGUAAAAUGUUGUUAUUGGGUUGGGGAAAAAGAAAUGUAUAAAAAUUAUCAAUAUAUGGCAACACUUAAACACUUUCUUGUGUUGUACUUAUCGCAUCGGGUAUAGUAUGACUAUUUAAAGACGACAAUGUGCAAUGUGCUGUGCUACGAGUGUCGUUUUGACAGUGUUAAUGAAGUUACCUUAUAAAUGGCAACAAGUUUCCAAACAAAACGGCGCAUAUUUGACUUAAAUUGGAUAAUUUUAAGUAUGUUAAAUGAAGCGUCAAAUUUCGAUCAGAAAUACGAAAUUUCUUUUUCACCAACCCUAUAUUUAUGAAAAAUGCAAAUCCAAAAUGGUCGCCAACACAAGAUAAUGCCAUAUAUAUUUUUUUCACAACCCCAUCAAUAUGGGUAUCAAAUGAAAGGGAUUGACUAAUAGAACACAGUUAUUUAUGAAAAAUUCAUAUCCAAAAUGGCUGCCACCACAAUAUAGCGCCAUAUAUUUUUUUUCAAAACCUCAUCAAUAUGGGUAUCAAAAAAGUCACAGGAGGGUUGUGUCCGAGACACGACCGCAUAGUUGACGUAGGAUUCCGUUAGACUAUCUGUUGAUUUUGGAUAUGUUUGAAGAAUUACAUCGUUAAACUCUUUGAUAAUGAUAUGGUGGCCCUGAAAAGGGCCGUUUUGUUUGGUUGUUGGGUAUUGUGUGUUGACUCCACCAGUGUUUAUCGAGUGAUGAUGGCAGAAGGAUGGUAAACAGUCGUUGGAUGGUGCGUAUCAGAUAAAAGAUACCGAAGUGGAACGAUAUAUGAUGAAAACCUCCCUCUGUGAUUCUAGACGAGAUGCCUCUUGUGAUAUGUAUGUAUGAAAUAAAGAAAAAAAAACUCACCAAUGUAACAUAAGACAAUUACCAAUACCGAACACAAUUAUAAUUUUUCCUCAUCAGUAAAAACAUGUUACUUUAAUAUAGAGAAAACAUAUUUGAAAUGGAAAAGGUAUUCUUUUUUUAUAAUUUUUACUUUCUGAGUGUUAAUUCAACCCAAUUCAAUUUUAAUUGGACUAACAACACCUAAUACUAUAUAUAGAGGAUAUGGGAAAUCACUUUUUCGAAUAUUUCUUCACUUUCAUUUUCCAAUUUUUCUCGCCGUAUAAACUUCCCUCGGGUGAAAAUGAACACUAAAAACAGACAGCUUAAACUAAACGACCCGUUCUCGAGCGGGAACACACCUUGGUUUUUAAUUUUAGGAAAUUAAAAUAAAUCGUUUCAUAUAUCAAGUCAUUCUUAGCACAACUGCUACCAUAUACAAUUUUACACUUACACUUGUGCUAAAUUUUUCACAAUAAACGAUCGGUCAUUGAUAUGAAACUUCAUGGAGCAACCCCCGACUUGCAUAUAUUUGCAAUGCCGAUUUCCCCGAGCACCUUGGUUUUGAUGUCUCUGUUAGGGAACACAUUUCGAUAGAAACAAAAGCUCCCCCUACUUUAAUGUAUUUGCAAUACCGAUUUCGCCCAGGCAGCUUGGUUUUGAUGUCUCUGUUAGGGACUCGCCGCAUGUGUCGUCAAUUUCGACCAAUCAGAAGUAGGUAUUUCCGUUAGGAUAGAGGAUGAGAUUUUUCAAUUGUUCGAUAGUUAGUUUCAUUAUUUUCUUCAAUAUAAUAAAUUGUUAUGGAGUACCGAAAUCGAUUGACGCAAAAAUGUCAUCAAUCCAUCAUGAAAUGACUGAGCAAUAAGCGUUUGAAAUAGGACAAUUUUCACGAUGUAAUCGAUUUUUGAAUUCCAAUUUAUACCCCAAUAUGUUCCCAAAAGACGUAAUCCUACGUCAAAAAGUUCUCGACUAUAUGAACAUAGCAGAUAAUGAAAAAUCCAAUUCCAAGAUGGCCGCAGUCCCCAAACAACCAAUUACAUUUUUGAAUAGUUUCAUUCCGCUUGACCUGUUUCUAUGUAUGUUUCAAUGUUUGUAGGGUUGUCCCACAUUAAUAUAAAAUUGACCCCGUUCCUGUUGAAUGAUUGAUCUGAAAUUUGGAACAAACGUUUUAUUCUACUGUCAUUAUAAAACUGCGUUUUCCAUGAUCUUGAAAAAUUCAAUUUGGCCGCCGCUAAAAGAUGGCUGAUUGGCUUGAUUUGGAGAAUACACUACACUAUGAACAACGUAAAUUCGGAAAGGUCGCCGCCACAAAAUGGUCGACUAUGUUUUUUUUUGCAAUCUCCUCAAUAUUGGUAUCAAAUGAAAUGAUUUGACUAAUAGAAUACAGUAUAUCAUCGAAAUAUUCCGAAAAAAGUUAGGUAAGAAAUAAAAAUAAAAAAAAAAUUUUUUAAUGGUUUUAAUGUGGAGAAGUAAACUAGAAAAUAAAAUAAAUAAAAAAAAAAAUUUUAAGUUAAACGGUUUAAUGUGAUAAAAGUUAGAAAAUAAUGAUACAAGUAGCAGUUAGUAGUUAUCACAUCCGUUCCUUCAUUAAUCUAGGGCAAUGAUGAGACUAAAAUAAAAUCGUGGGGUAUAUGAUGAAACAACUGACUGUGGAUAAUGGAAAUCCACCGUUUAUUUCUUACCUAAUUUUUUUCGGAAUAUUUUCAUGAUGUACUGUAUUCUAUUAGUCAAAUCAUUUCAUUUGAUACCGAUAUUGGAGGUACUGCAAAAAUACAUAGUCGACCAUUUAGUGGCGGCGAUCUUUUUGAAUUUAUGUUGUUUACUAUGCUUCGUGUUCUCCAAGUUAAAUCAUUCAACCAUUUUUUAACGACGGCCAAAUUGAAUCCAUUGAAAACCAUUGAGAAAGUAAUUAGUUGUUUGGGGACUGCGGUCAUCUUGGAAUUGGAUUUUUCAUUAUCUGCUAUGUUCUACUAGUCGAGAACUUUCUUUUGAUACCCAUAUUGAUGAGGUUUUGAAAAAUAUAUAUAUGGCCCAUUUUGUGGUGGCGGUCAUUUUGGAUUUACAUUGAUGGGGUUUUGGGAAUAUCCAAUUGAGAAAAUAUGAACAUGAUCCGCCAUUUUGUAGCGGCCGUUAUCUUGAAUUUUCAAGAUCAUGGAAUACGCAGUUUUAUAAUAACACCAGUGAUAAAGAUGUGUUCCAAAUUUCAGAUCAAACGGUCAACAGGAAGCGGGUGAAAUUUCUAUUAAUGUGGUACAGCGCCACAGACAAAGUUACAAAGUUACAAAGUUAAAUAAGUGCAAAUCAUAAUUAUAUUACGUUUACCGAGAGAAAAUUCGUUUUUUUUUAUGACUCGAUUAUCCGGAGAAUUCGAUUAUCCGGAGUGAAAAAAAAAAUCAAUACUCCGGAUAACCGAGUUCGACCUGUACCAAUAUUCACGAAAAUAUUAUUGGUUUGUUUGGCAUAGAAUGGCUGAUAAAAAAAAGCCACACGUGAUGGUAGAACACGAUUUCACCAUUUUCUGGCUCCCCUCGCUGGCAGAAAUAGGUUUAUACCAUCUUUCACUCGCAUUCGAAAGUUCCGAAAAAAUUAAGAGAGAAAAAGCAAACAAGCUAAGUUUAACUGUGCGUCGUCUGGAAAACUUUCCAACCCGGUCCUCUUCCUCACGACCCACUCUAUCCACACCCGCAAAAACCGAGUGCAGUCGGGCAUCCAAACAUAGGGAAACAUAAGCACCGGCUGAACUACUCCAGCACCACCAACCACCAGCAGCUUAGCAACAAAUCGGGACGGAAGCUGAACAGAACAUACAGAUGGAACCAGAGAAAAAAAGAACCUCCGAAAAACAAGAAAACAGACGGGACACGUCCUCCCACACAUGUGUAUCAAUAAAUAAAUUUAACUUUUAUAUAGCCGAGCUGGUUGGGGGGAAAAACUAGGGAUUGAAAAAUGAAACUCAAGCGGUGAGGAAAAAAAUGAACAAACAAUAUACCAAAAAACAAACAAAAAAAAAGCUGAAAAAUGAAAUACUCAAAAGCAAAAAUAAAAUAAAAUGCCAGCUAAAAUCUAGAACAGUGUUUGGCUUUCGCUGUGUUGAGUUUGACCGGCUGCUGCUGAUGCUGCCGCCACCGCCACUGUUGCAAAAGACGUUCCAGAAACAGAAGGAAUCUAUCUCAAAUAGAGAGAACACAGACACGGGGAGACAGAGGGGGACUCGGGCAAAGAAAAAUAAACCUUCAACAAGAAGUUGAAACAAGUGGUACACGACUGGGUGAGGCGAAAGUUUCAAUGAAAUUGAAGUAAAACUAGUUUUUCGUGCAGAAGAAGAACUUUCUCGACUGUUGCCGAAGUGGCAGCGACGAGAAGACAAGAGAGAAGAGUAGCAAAUAAAAUGGACUAUAAAUGUGAUAACCGCUGAUGUCAAAUAGAAAAAUAACAGAAAAAAAAACAAAUCGAAACGAAAACUAAGAUAACUCUUUCUACUGAAUGUGUGACUCUAUGAUAGCUUGGUCGGUAUAGCGCUUUGGGAAGGGAAGUGAAAGAGAGUUUACUUAUGACGGAGACGGCUUCAAGCUUUGCGCUGUUAAGACUUUGAGAAAUAUGACACGGAGGAAUAGAGGCAGGCGAAGUUUAAAUAAGGAUGAUGUAAUAUUUUUAGGGAUUUAAAUUUAAUUAAUUCAAGAUGUACAUACAGCUAACGAUUAAAUUACUGAGAUAAAACGACAUAAG